CAGGGAAGGGAAGCUCUAAAGGGUCUAGAAUAUCCCCGUGGGGAGUAGGGCCACAUCCCCUGAUGCUUCCUGGGCGUCCUCUUGGGAUGGCAGCUCCUCUUCUUGGAUCCGGGAGACCAGGGCGUCCAAUCCCCAUUCUGUCACUAACUAACCUGCGCACGACCUCGGACAAGUCACUUCAUGCUUUUGAACCUCAGUUUCCCCAUCUGUAAAACGAGCGAGUAACAAAAAUGAGUACAAUGGAAAGAGAAGACUUGAUUUCAAAAGUUGUCUGGGUCACACCAUUUUGACAUUGGAUAAAGCACUUCACCUUUGCCUCAGUUUAUUUUUCUGUAAAAUAGGACCCGAGACCUGAUUCGGGCUGGGGUAAUGAAGGAGAAACCCCUGUGGUUUGAUGUGUAUGAGGCCUUUCCACCACUGAGGGAGCCUGUAUUCCGGAGGCCCCGUCUGCGCUAUGGCAAAGCUAAAGAUCUGAUACCAGAGGUCCUGUACCAGGAAGAUCGAAUCAGAGCGAAAUACUAUAAAGUUUAUGGAUCUGGUCCCAAAACUUUUGACCUUCUCAACCCAAACUUUAAAUCUUCCUGCCAAAGGUUUGUGGAAAAAUAUAUUGAACUACAGAAAAAGGGAGAAACAGAUGAAGAUAAACUCUUUGUGGAAACAGGAAAAGCUUUAUUGGCAGAGGGCAUUAUUUUACGACGAAAGGGAGAAGGAGCGACUCAUUUAGGGAAGUCAGAAACCUGAAACAAGAACCUCACAUCAGAACUGUAUUGGAGGAAAACUGGUGUAGCCCAAUAUGAUCAGUCUUUGGAGUUCACUGAAGAGAAAUUGAUAAAUUUGUUUCUUUAUGAUUGAAUUAUACUUUUGUAUGCCAUAAAUGCUUGAUCUCUUAACAACCAUAUACAGUAAACCAGUGUUGAAUUUUUUUCAUGCUUGAACUGGGGAAAUAUUUCUUAAGUUAUGAGCUUUUACAUGUGAAUUUUGUACAUUCAGCUUGUCUUUUUGGGGUUUCCAUUAAAGCCUAUAAUUCAAGAAGCA